AUGCAACUGGAGCAGAGGAGUUUUGUGCAAUUCGCCUUUGACAACGCAGAUUUUAAUGUUAACACCCUGGAUGGAUUAGGCACCUUUCACGCUUUAGGAGGUAUAAUGAUGGUUACUCCUAGUGAAUCAAUUAUCCCAGAAGAAAGUUUUGCACGAGUGGAUAGAUGCGGUGCACCCCAGCUCAUUCGCCAAAGACCACCUAUGCAGUUACAAAUCUACCAACCAAAAAAUAAACAAGGUUUGGCUACCAUCACUAUUCAGGAUGUGGAUAAUUCUCAAGAAAGGCCUGAAAACAUUGUGCCAUCUUCUUCGGAUGUUGCAUGGCUGUUUGUUAAUAUCCGUAUUAUUACCUACCGCAUGAUUAAGAUGUUGCUGGAAAACAGAAUUAAACUCUCAGUUGCCGUAAUAACAGCAUUCUUUAGUUCUACGCAAGUUAUAUGGUUUAUUUAUAGAUUAUGUACUCUUCGCGACAUUAAUUACUUCUGUAAUUAUAUACCUGUGACGAUUAAUUCAUAUUUAUCAGUUGUAGCGAUAUCUCAAGUGAUUGCAAAAUCAGAAUAUUUUAGAAUGACAGUCUAUUACAUUGAAAACCACUUUUGGUUGGAAGAGUGGGCUCCAAAGGAGGCAAAGCAAGAGAUGAAAAUUAAAAUUGGACUUAUAAAGAAAAUUUUUUUAAGCUGCAAGAUAUUAAGUAUUGUAUAUUUUGUCCCUUUUAAUGGUUUUGGCUAUUAUAGAGAUAUGUUUCCAAUUAUGGAUCUUAUACGGUAUUUUAAUGCACCCAUAAUACUAGGAUGGAUUUUGUAUCGAUCAAGCGCAUGUUUAGGAAAACGAUUGGAGGACGUAGCCGCCAGGAGCGGAAGUUGGAGUAAGUGGAAACGUGACAAAGCAGGUAACGUAAAAACAAACCCUCUAAAACGCGCUACUUCCACUCCCACAAUUCUUAUUAAAUGGGUAAUUUUAAAUAUCACUAAGGAUUUGGAAAAUUUACAUAACCAUGAAUUUAAUAUUAUAGACGAUGAUAAUUGUCAGAAAAUAAUCGCAGCUAGAUUAAAAAAAUGCUUUAAGCAAUAUGCAUAUAAAGUCAAAAAAUAUUUCUAUCUAACUGGAGCUUGGCCACUGGCAGGAAUAGUUAUAUUAAUAGGAUGUCUUUUAUAUAUCUUUCUGGAUCAGUCCAACAAAGGCUCAACGUUUGCCAUGGUUCAGGAAAUUUCAGGUUGUGUUGUUGCAGUAUUUACCUUUUCUUUUUUGGGACAAACUUUUCAAAUCCAAAUGAGUGAAAUCUUAGAUGCUGCUUUACAAGCUAAAUGGUAUUAUUUCAACACGAAAAAUCGAAAAAUAUUCCUGAUAUUUCUACAAAACUUAAGCAAGGAUGUUAAUCUGGAAAUAGCCGGCUUUUUCUCGGUUAAUUUAGAGCUUAGUAUAUGGAUAUUUAAUAAAUCAUUUGCAAUCCUCAGCGUAUUUGGCACUACCGAAUAAAGAAGUGUUUUAACCCUUAAUAUGAUGGUUUAUAUGGACUGCAUUAAUUGGCAAAAACGCUGUACAUUUAUCAAGCAUCGCGUUAAAAUUUAAUUUUAAAGGUAUAUAGUAU